UUUGCAGCCGGGAAAAGCUUCAACGCGAGCGGAGUCAACAGGCGGCUCAGAAGCCACCCGAGGUGAGAGGAGACGCCACCAGACAUGGCCCAGGCAAAUAUCUCGGUGGCGGAGAGCCAGUUCAGGUGUCCCGUCUGCCUGGACCUCCUGAAGAACCCAGUGUCCACCCCAUGCGGACACACCUACUGCAUGUCGUGCAUCAACAACUACUGGGACCAGGCGGAUUCGGGCCAGUUCAGCUGCCCGCAGUGCCGGGAGACGUUCAGCCCUCGGCCGGUGCUCCGGAGGAACACGGUGCUAGCCGAAGUCGUCGACAAACUCAAGCUGAGUGAGAUGGUUCCAGAGCCGGAGCUUUACCUGGAGGGAGUCGGGGAAGUACCGUGCGACUUUUGCCCGGCGGAGAGCAAGCUGAGGGCGGCUAAGUCGUGUCUGGUUUGCCUGGCGUCUUUCUGCGAGCUCCACGUUCUGCCGCACCGGGAGGUCGGCACGCUGCGGCGGCACAAGCUGGUGGCCGCGGUGGAGUGCUUGGCGGAGCGGAUGUGCGCCCAGCACCGCCUGGGUCUGGAGCCCGCGGGGAGCGGCUCUGAGGCGGAGGCCCCGGUGGAGUGGAGCGGGGACUGUCUGCUGUGCGAGGCGGACCAGGAGGAAGUGCACAGUGUGGACGCCCAGAGAGCCAGGAGACAGCUCCAGCUCCAGGGAUCUCAGAGGACGAUUCAAGAAAGGACACUGAGUGGAGAGAGAAAGUUGGAGGAGUUUCAACAAAGCCUGGAGUCCCUCAAGUUGUCAGUGUCGGCUGUUUUGGAUGACAGUGAUGCUCUGUUUGCAGACAUGGCACUCCGCCUGGAGAAAACCAAGGCAGAGGUUCGAGCAAGGCUGGAGGCAAGGGAGCGAGCGGUGGUUGGGAGGGCUGAGCGAGACCUAGAGGUGCUGGAGAAAGACCUGGAGGAGCUGAGGAGGAGAGACGAGGAGAUCAGUCAGCUUCUGCAAACCGAGGACACUGCCCAUUUCCUACAGGUGGCUCCCCUGUUAUGUGUCCCUCUUUCCACCGGUCUGCACUCUCGAGCCCUCAGCCUGCCCUCGGAGGGAUUCGGCGGCGCCUGGGGAGCGCUGUGCCACCUCCGCAGCCGCGUGGAGGAGGUCUGCAGGGAGGAGGUGGACAAGAUCAGCCGUGCAGUUAAUGACAACUACGUGUUGGGCGCAGAAUGUGUAAAAGGAGGUGCAGAGAACUUCAAACCGCAGCAGCAAACCCAACCAACACCAUCUGCAGGGCAACAUACUACUUGGGCAGUGCCGGUGCUGUUCCCUCUGUCCUCUUUGUCUCUGCAGCCGGCUGAUCAGAGGAUGAGGGCAACUUUCCUCAGGUUUUUGUGUCGUCUGUCCCUGGACCCCGACACAGCCCACCCUACUCUGCUUCUCCUGGAGAGUUCCCCGGGCGUCCACUGUGGCGAGGAGACCCAACCCUACCCCCCCCACCACCAGCGCUUUGAUUCAGUGGCCCAGGUCCUGUGCAGGGAGGGCCAGUUUGGCAGCGCCAGCUACUGGGAGGUGGAGUGGAGGGGCGGGGGAUGGGUCGACAUCGGCGUCACUUAUCGAGGUAUCGGACGCAAAGGUGGCGGGAAACCCUGCCUGCUGGGGCGCAACGAGAACUCUUGGCGGCUUAGGUGUACACACGCGGGAUACGCUGCCUGGCACGACAACCGUAAGACCACGGUGGCCGCACCGCCCUGCCCCAGGAUCGGCGUCUUCCUGGAGCGUCAGAAAGGAGCGCUCUCCUUCUACAGCGUAUCGGACGCAGUGGUACUCCUGCACACCUUUCGUUGCCCGUUCUCUCAGCCGCUGUACCCGGCCUUCCGCCUGGACCUGGACUCCACCCUGCUCAUCUGCCCCCACGAGGCAGGCAAUGGAAACCCGACCUAACCUUUCCCCCCUUUUCCUCAUCCAGGACACAUCUACAUUUAACUACUGCAAGAAAGUGCUGUUCACUCAGAUUAUUAAUAUGAAGAAUAGAAAAUAUUACUGCCAGACCUAUCUCCACAGCGCUGUAGAAUAAGGUCGGGCUACACCACAUAUGCAUUCUGGGAUAGGAGAAAUAAAAAACGCUCUGGGUUGUUUGCAAUUCUUCAAAGGUCCUAUAUCAUGCUUAUUUUCAGGUUCAUACUUGUAUUUGGGGUUUUUACUAGAACAGGACAUUUUUCUCAUAGUCUCUGUGUGAAUAUACCUGUAUUACCUGUAUUCACUCUCUGUCUGAAACGCUCCGUUUUAGCGCCUGUGUCUUUAAGCCCCCCCCUCCCCAAAAAAGCCCAGUCUUCUCUGAUUGGUGAGCCUUUCUGGGUCUUCCACAUCUGCGUUCUCGCAGUCUCUGCACCGUCAUUGCAGUCAAGGAAUGACUCUAACAGCACUGUAGCGGCACUUUCUACCUAUGAACGGUAUAGUUGUGACAUCACAACCGUACAGAA